CACUCACAAAACCUGGAGUGAGGUGUCAGUCAUGUCUACAUGGAAACAAGAUCCAGAUCCAUUGAAAGACCGAAGUGGAGGUUGCCCUAACUAUAAGGACACCUACCUACACAACCCACAGGUAUUCACCUUGCAUAUAGCUACUCAAAAUACCCACCAAUACCACACGUGUGCUUCAUUACACCACCCAUAGAUGUCCACUCUUACAUUGAGCUAUCGACCAAAAGAACAAACAUACAGAGUUCUUCACUAAAUUGAGAGCUCCAGGUGAAUUCAAAGUGAAUUCUAAAUUUAUGGAAAAAGUAGCCCAUAGCCAUAGCAAAACCACAACCUGGACAAAUUCUCCCAGUCAGCCAUGCUUCCGGUUUGGCAAUGUUGGCCUUAAAAUUGAAAUAGGUGUGUGUGUGUGUGUGUGUAUAUGUAUUAGGCCAUUCAGUCACAAUUAAUCAGCUUAUAUGUGUAGAGUUGUAGACUGUGUAGACUGGUAAAUUUCACAAUGUAAACAUCAUCUAUUACUAUUCCAUAGUUUUUAACGCUAACUCAUAUUGAGAUGAUAUCGAAACAAGUACAGUGGCAACCUACCUGCACUACAUUUGUUUUUAAAAUCUCUCUUUCCAGUUUGUUUUUGAUGUGACGUUAAAUCAGGAGUGUGCUCUAAUUUCCCUGGAGCAAGAGGAUCGUAGGACUCAACGCAGCAUUGGUGGGGGAGAAAAUCUUCCCAUCGGGUUCUUUGUAUUUAAGGUAAAAAAAAACAAAAAAAAACUUUUUGCCACCCCUCUGUCUACAGCAAUUGCUCAACUAAUAUAACUAACAGGACAAGGAAGAGCUGGAGAGCACUCGUACAGUUAGUUCCCUUGCUCCUUAUCACAACUUUGUUGUAAGCUAGUUUAAACAUGGCCUUCUUCACUUCUUGUCCCUGUUAUAUUCAAUAUUUAAAUUACUUAAUUAUAUGAUUUAAUUAUAAAGAGUUGCAUAAUAUGUUGGGGCUAUAUAAAUGAUGAUAAUAUUUAGAUAUCUAUAUUUGUGAUAAAUUUUAUAUUAAUUGCUGUUUAAAAGUAGAUUAUUGUUCCUUCCAGGACCUAGUUAAGUAGAUUUACUUUGCAGGGAUUCGUACCCCACACUCUAAAUUAGGAACAAUAUAAUUAUCUGAAGAAUUUUGGGCAGUAUGGAACUUGGAGGGUGAACAUGGAAUGAGCAAAACUGGGCUAGUGUGGCUAAUCAGAAAUCCAGCCAUGUCUGGUGAUUUGAGACUGUGUGCAUCUGUAUCCUAGAAUAUACAAGCAAUAACACUUACAAAAACCGUAAAUUAGCUCAGCGGGAUAUUAGAUAUGGUAACUCGUAGUUUAAAAAAAGCCACUUGUAUUUAAUAGACUCCAUUCACCCUCAGUGCAAAUAAAAAUCCGGUUCAGAGAUGUUUAUCUGUCAUUGAGACCUUCCCAUGUUAAGACGCAGUCAGUGACCAUAUAGUCAAUUAAAGUAGAAAAUCUAUCCAUGUCUUGGAGUCACAACAUCAAGAAAGAAAAUUGGCUUCAUAAUUAACUUUGCUGCCCCUGAGGCGUAUUUUACAGGUUUUGUUUUUGUAUACGUCAUUGCAUUGUGUAUGGGUUCCAGCAAAUGUGUGUAAAUAAGUGCAUGAUAAUAAAAUAAACUUGCCUUGUGGUGAAGGAAUAAUGAGAUACAGUGUUGUAUCUUGUUAAUUCUAACUCACAUCAUUUUACAUGAUCUGGCAGGACACCAUUCCUUUAACAUGAUAUGCAGGAUUGUUUAAAUGGAAAUUGUGAGGUAUUCAAAAUUAAGGCCAAAAUAGUUGACUUAAAAAAUACUUUUUGUUUUGAAUUUGGUUAUAUUGACCUUUAAUUAUUAUUAUUUUUUAUUAUUAUUCUUAGCAAUUCCCAUUUUUGUGGAUAUCUCUGUCUGUGUACAACUAUAUAUAUUUUUUUUUAUUUGUGAAUACACCAAAUUCUACAGCCUCCAGCUAUCUUAUGGAAGGAAAGAUGAUAGAGUAUAACGAUAAUGAGUGGACAAUGGCCUAGGGGUACUAGCCAACCGUCUUCUUUUUCUUCCAUCAGGUGGAGAUAAACCGAAUAUACCGCCUACACCGGCAGGCCAGCAGGGUCUCAUCCUCCACUUACAUCAAUUCUCGCAGUGUAUUUCUGCGCACAGAGUUACAGAAAGGCCGUUACAUCAUCUUACCGACAACCUUCAGCCCAGGUCAAACUGGCUCAUUUCUCCUCCGAGUCUAUACAGACCGAGCCAUCAGACUCAGGUAUAACAAUAUUCAGCAUCUAUGGGAUGCAGUAAAACAUAUGGGAAACGCGUGAUGAUUGCCAGCCAUCAUUUUACAGAAAAUAUAAUUUUGUAUUACUAAAAAAUGUAUAACUGAAAAGCUAUUUUCACUUUAGUUUUUAACUGCAUUUCCACAGGUUUCCACCAGGGGUGUGCUAUGAUAAGAUGUAGACCAUUUUCUUGCUGUAACAUUUUUUAUUUUUUUUAUACUGUGUAUUUGGGCUGAUACUAAAGCCAUUGCUUCUGCCAAGGAGUAGAGGAGUUUGAGCACUAGAAUUUAUGUUGUUUUUAUCUCUUUUAUUGUGUAGAAGAGGAUUAAAGUAGUUCAAUUCUAUGUGGGCUAACCCUUCACCAGGGUACCUGUCCCUGGUUACUCAUAUACAUUGAGGGACUAAUUGUGUGUGUGUGUGUGUGUUUUUUUUUUUUUUUUUUAAAUUAAAGGGAUACUAUAGCCAGUAGAACUACUACACCUUCAUUCUGAUGUCUACAGCCUGUCCCUGCAGGCUCUUUUUAAUCCCCUUUUUUACGUUUACGUUACAGCCUAGGAAUACCUCUAGUGACAGUCACUUACAUGGCCACUAGAGGGGCUUCCUGAUUCGGUGUCUUCACGCUCUGCAUGGAGAUGCUGAAUAUUCCCACCAGGAAUGCAUUGAUUCAAAGCAUCUGUGAGGAGAUGCUGAUUGGUGCAGCGAGUGGCCGCGCAUGCGCUAUAGUCAAAUUUCAUGAUCUCAACCAAGGAGACAGAGCGUAGUGUGGUCAGCCAGGCGAGAAUGGCGUGGCACUGGAAAUAAGGUGAAUUUAGACACAUUUUUAACCGGGGCAAGGGGAGCGGUGAUCUGAACAGCCCUAUCAGAACUAUAGUUUUAGGAAUACAUUUGUAUUCAUGACAGUAUAGUGAUCCUUGAAACCUAGAACCAGAAUAACCUGCAAGCUCCAUAUUGUUGAGUAUGAAUUGACGUUGACUUUGUUCUCAUUCUAAUCUCUUUCCCUGGGUCUGGACAGCUUAGUCACUCCUGCUGUAAGGCGGAGAACUGGAUGGAUAUGUCUGGAGAGGAAGAGACAAAAUUACUCACACACAAAAUGUAAACCUAUUGGAAAGCCCUACCCUAACUUCAUUACUUAAUUUACUGCUUAAAGGGACACUAUAGCUUUAGAAAAACACACGUGUCCUAGUUACUGUGUUGGUCAUCCCCCACCCCCCAUGCAAGGAUUAAAAAUAUAGUUUACUUUUCUGUAUAUUACACCAAGCCUCUCUCUGUGGCUGGCCCCAGCGUCAUUGGCUGAAAUAAUCCAUUUUGAAGAUCUCUGCCAAUACAAUGCUUUCCCGUAUGAAAACCUUGGGAGGUUGGUGAGCAUGUGCGGCAAAACACUGCACCAAUCAGAUGGCAAUGACUCCAUCUGAGUUUCACUCGGCUAUUUCGUUAGAAAUGCCUCCAGAGUGUCACUGUUAGAGAGACAGCCACCAGAGGCAUUUAAACCCUGCAAUGUAAACACUAUAGUUGUGGUAAAACAGUGAUGUGUUUCAUUACAGCGUUAAACAGACUUCAUUGAGGUGAAGCGGCCUGGGUGCAUAGUGUCCCUUUAAAUUUCUAUAAUACGUUCUAAUCAACACCAGUAUAUAUUAUUUUCAUGGCACCGUUACACAAAUACACACCCUUUAAUAUUCCUCCUGGAAAGGAAACUGUAUCUGCCAUGCAAGCUCCUAUUUAUAUUUGUGUAGAAACUCGCAUUUGAACUGGAAACAUAAUUAGUUCUUCGUAUACCAUUGUGGGCACACCAAACCUUGUUAAAAUCCUUUACAGAUUUUGUCUUGACCACAUCCACUUGAAGUCUGUCAUGGAUCAGCCAACAAACUGUGCUUAUGGUCCUAAACUAAACUAAAAUGUUGAGAUUAUGACCCCUUGUCCUUAUGUUACACUUUCUAUGAAAAGCUUGACAUGCGCACCGUCGUAUCACGGCAUAUCUAUAAACCAUUACCCAGACCCAAAAAAACCACAGACACAAAUUUCUACUGUUGGAAUUAUUUGUUCACAGCUUUAUGAAAUAUAUCAUAAAUUAUAACAAUUGGGGUCAUUGCCAACAAUCAUCAUAGCAUUUUAAAACCAUAAUCUCCCCUGGCAAUGACCCAUCAAUAAACAGUAUAUAACAGUAUACAUAACAAAUAACAUGGCCGUCCAUACGACCCCAUUUCCAAUGAUAAACUGCAGGGGUGUACCAGGACACCGCUACACCACCAGGUUUGGAGCCACCAAAGAGCUUGAACCUACCAACCAGGUAAACUCCUGCCUAAAUCAUCUUAAACCUAUCCAUGCCCCACUUCCUACUCCAUGUAGCUCCCAAUUUAACCUUGCCAUUCCCUGCCGCUGUGAAGAAACAGGGAACACUAUCCUCUAUGAGCUACUCAAAAAGGGGAGGGUAGGUGGGACAACUAACAGGUUAGUGCAGAUUUGAUUAAGAUGGCCACUUCUCAAGAUGGCCGUGUUAUAUAUGACUGGACUAAACCUUCCCACUUAACUCUUCCCAUGCCUAACUCCUGGCCCUGUCAAGGCCCAUUCCGCUGUUGCGCUGUCCCAUGGGCUACAUUCAGAUUUAAAUCUGUAUCGCUUUCUUCCCCAGCAUAACCUUUCGGUGACUGUCCAAUCGCAGACAUCCCAAUGCAGCUCAACGAGCCCUUUGCAAGGCAGGCGUUCUGUGUAAUUUUAGCUUCACUCGAGGAAGGAACAGGAAAGAAAGUAACAUGAUUGGUUGUCUGUUUGUUUGAAAGCCAGGGGGUGUCACAAGGUUAAUUUAUAAAAGUACCAAUAUCCAUUGAAAUCUUUACUUCUUGUAAAAUGAUAAUGAGAGGGUGCUUUCUUCACAUGUAAAGCAUUUCAGUGAGCUAAUGUGCUUUAGGGGUCCAGAGUGUCUUCGUAAGCUAAAAACACUCAAUAACUGUCCCUCAUUUAAUUGUACUCCAUUCAUUACAACUCUGCCAUCUAUCAUUAAGUCAGUAUUCUAACCACUUAACAAUUCAAGAGUCUGAUAGUCAGUACAGUUUCUGAAUAUGUUUCUCCUAAACAGUUUUAAACCAUGUAUUUCUUAUGACAUAUCUAAACAUAUAAAGUGUACCAGUAUGUAUUUUCCAAUAUUUUUAGAAAUUAUUUAUAUUCAUAGGGAGCUCACACGUGAUGUCCCCAAGCCUUCCUGUCUGUCAUUCUGCCUUGGCACGCCUAGAACUGUCACCUCCAUUACUGUACAUGCAGCAUCUGGACUCUCACAACCAGGAAGCAACCAUGGUAUGUAUGUGUUCCACUCUUUUUUUUAUCUCUCUAUUAGUUGGGGGCUUUGGGAUGUAUGGACAACUACCAAAGGUAGAAUUAACACUGUCUGAUUUCUCCUUUGCAAGACCCUAGUGUUUACGUUACCAUUCACUGUGAAGGGGAGAAGGUGACAUCUAAAACUGUAAAAGGCCGCAAUCCAGAAUUUGACCUGAAAGGUGUUUUUUAUCGGAAGAAUGAGCGUAGACCUCUAGUUGUAAAGGUGAGUCAUACCUUAUCUCUUCCACUCAUCUUUCCAACCUUCUGCUUGCCUUAACUGUCACAUGUCAUUUACUACUGCGAAUAACAUAUGGUGGGACCAAACCAACCAAAGCAAGACUAUCGCUUUUAAAGCUUUGGGAGGCCAUACGCUUUUCUGAUGACAGGGUUUUUAAGGGACUUUUAAAUGAAUUAAAACUAGGAGAGAGUUUGAUGGGGAUAGACAGGCAGUUCCAAAGGAAAGGAGCCACCUGCGAGAAGUCCUGCAGGCGUGAGUUAGCAGGAAGGGUGCAAGCAGUGGUCAGGAGAAGGUCACCAGCAGAGCUGAGAGACUGAGAAGGGACAUACCUACCAGGAAACCAGUGUAAGGAUUGACAAGAGUAUUCAUUACAGACUGUAGAUAGUGGGAUCAGUCAUUGAGAAGGCCAAGAUUCUAAAUGUAAGAUGUGGUAGAGCAUUAAAACUGUGAAAUGAUCAAUGAAACAACUUAUUGGUAGGAUAAAAUCAAGUUUAUCUUUAAUAGCGACUAUAUGUUAGCAUACAAACAAUGUCAUCUGAUGUUUGUAAAAUAACAUCUUAGCUGGUGGUCCUUCGGGUGCUGAUUUCUAAACACAGGCCUCUUGGCCUUAUUCCAUGCUAUAUCUUUAAUAGUGUUCUUUGUGUUCAUUGCAACUUUUUUGUGUUCAACUCUUGAAUUGAUCUAUACAUCUUUCAGGUUUGGCUGUCUCGGUUGAUGAGGGACAUCCUUCUUGGUAGUGUAUCUGUCCCAUGUCCAGUGGGGGAGUCAAAUCAAAGUUCUGUACUGAAGCUACAGAGCAAGGAAGGAACGUCAUCUGGCUACGUCUUGAUAGAGUCAUCUACCAGCUCUGACAUGACCUCUCUCUAAAUCUCCUAAAAUCAUUUACCUAAAUCUCCUACCUUAUUCUUCUCCCGCCAUCACUGUGAAGAUCACAGCAAAGCCUGGAUUAAUCAACAUGCAAGAAAAAAAAUCUACACCGAGAGACGCAAUCAUUUUUUAUAUCAUUUUAUUGAAAAUUAAUGUUUUGACCAUUUUUUUUUUUAAUAACUCGAUAUUUAUUGUGUUUUCAGAGAAAACAGAUUAUUUCUGCAAUAUAUAAAUAAAGGAAGAUAAAAAGAUAUUCUCCAUAUAUAGCAGAAAGAAGUAAUUAUAUAAUAGGGGACACUUAUUAAAGUUGCUUAUUUUUUUUUACCAUAACCGG